GAGCAGAGCGGGAGCCGGAGCGGGGGGCGGCAGCAGGGAUGAGCUGCUCAGGCGCCGGGCAGCGGCGGUGAGGGAGGCAGAAGGUGAGACGCGGGACGCUGUUGGUAAAGCCGGGCGCUGCAGCCUCCAUUCAUUCAGCGACCCACACGCCCAGCCCUGCCGCCGCCGCCGCCGCCGCCGCCCUCCAGCGGCAAAGGGCCGGCCGAGGAUGAUCAACAUAAUGAAAUCAAUUCUGCUCCACUGAAUGAUUGUCUCUCCAAUAAAUAGUCAAAUGUGGUUCAAAGGUUGCCUUUAGAGCGCUUGUUCAUGACUUCUACACAGAGAAAUUCUACUUUGAAAAGGGAUGGCAUUCCCUGUGGACAUGUUAGAUAAUUACAGUCAUGAAGACUUGGAGAGUUCUGCAGAAGACUACAUGUCUGAUCUUCGUUGUGGGGAUCCAGGGAAUCCAGAGUUUUUGUCUCUUGUCAGCAACAUCAAAAUUCCUAUUAGCUUGUCAACUGUAGGCUUCGUUCCUCUUUACGGUGGAGAUCAGACACACAAAGUUCUUGCUUUAUUUGCACCUGAGGACUCGCUCACAGCUGUAGCCUUGUAUCUUGCUGACCAAUGGUGGGCCAUCAAUGAUAUUGUGAGAACAUCUAUCCCUUCUAGAGAGGGGCUUCAGCAGGUGAAGACUCUUGGAGAGAGGGUGGUUCUGUAUGUUUUGAAUCGAAUUAUUUAUCGCAAACAAGAAAUAGAGCGAAAUGAGAUCCCCUUCCUUUGUCACAGCAGCAAUGAUUAUGCUAAGAUUCUGUGGAAAAAAGGAGAGGCCAUUGGGUUCUAUUCUGUUAAACCUGCAGGAAGCAUAUGUAGCUCCUAUCUUACCCAAAGCUAUCAACUUCCAGUGCUGGACACAAUGUUUGUGAGAAAGAGACAUCGUGGGAAAGAUUUUGGGUUAAUGAUGUUGGAGGAUUUUGUGGAUUCCUUUACUGAAGACACACUUGGUCUUCGCUAUCCAUUAUCAUCUUUCAUGUAUACAGCUUGUAAGCAGUAUUUUGAAAAGUACCCAGGGGAUCAUGAUCUUCUAUGGGAAGUUGAAGGAGCAGGACACUGGUUCCAGAGAACACCUAUUACCAGUGUAUUGCAAAGAGAAACACUCAAAACUACAGGAGCCUCUCAAAAAGAAAACAGCAGUUCCCAGACUGAGGAGUGUUUUCUGCCAUCUGCCGUGGAAUCUGAAACGGGAAGUGAACAAAGCACAGAGAUGGAAACACAGCUAAGGGUUGAUUCUCAAAAAGGCAAAGACAUCCUAGAUGCCCAUGCAAGCACUUCUGAAGAGCUUGAUGUUACACCCGUUUCCACUCGAACACGAAGCAGUCAUUUAAAACGUCCCAGGAUAGGAAAGAGGAGCCAGGAAUCUGAAACUGAAACUCCUUCAGGAGAGGAUGAAAACCUUCUUUGGAUAUCAGGAAGCAGGUUGGAACCUGUAGCACUUACAUCUGAAAGCUCAGAAGAGUUAGUGGAAGAAACUGAAGAAAAUGUAGUUGAAAAUGAAGAGGAAACAGUAGUUGAAAAUGAGGACCAGUUAGUAUUGGAAACACAAGAGUUCUGUACAUCACCACCUGAAAAACAAGAUGAGAAAGAGGAAACUGAAUCAGAGCCACUCAAUGGUGAGCUAACAGAAGGGACUAUCAAAACAUCACUUAUGACUGAAGAGGAAACAGCUAGUGAAGUAUUAGAUGGUGAAUCAAAAUUACAGUCUGACAAUCCAGAAGAAGAAUCUUUAACUCUGUUUGUUCCGUUAACCCUUGACCCUUCAGCAAAAUCUUCUGAAGACACUGCGUCCGAUAAGGUUAUGAACACUACUGAUUCAGAAAUACUGACGGAGGAAAGUGUAUCUAUGGAAAAAGAGGGCAUUGAAGAGGAGCAGCAGGCAGCCCAAAGGAAGAAAUCAUCUGAUGAAAGUGCAGAUACCGUAGCUUCAGUGCCAAAAGAAGAACCAUCUGAUAAUGGCCUUUCAAACUCUGUGGUAACUGAAGCACUAGAAGAAUCAGUUUCUGAAAAUGUGUCACCCAACGCAUCAUCUUCCUUGGAAGAGCAAAGUGAGGAAGCAGGGCAUGACUCACAAGAAACCCCUGUUGUCCUUGGUCAGAGUUCUUUGAUAGUGGUUGAACUUGAGGAUGUGUCGUUCCAGCAACAUUCAGAAGGACAAAAGAACCAAUCAGAAGAGCAGUCUGAGGAGUCUUCUGAACAGAUGGAUCAAUAUACACAGACAGCGGCAGAGAGAGCUGCUGAGAGCAGCUCAGAAGAAACAGAAAUUGAGGUACCAAUAGUAGAUCGGAGGAAUUUACGAAGAAAGGCCAAAGGACACAAAGGACCACCCAAGAAGAAAGGAAAGCCAGUUUAACAAUGAAGUCGCUUGUUAAUCCAGCUAUUUGUAAGUUAUUAUUUCGUUUAAAAUAGGGUAUUCUUAAAUCGCAUGGGACACAGGAUACACAUGUACUCAGAAGUUUGGGUUGGACUUCCCUUUGGGAUUCACCACCUUUCCUCAACUUUUCUUGAAUUUUUAACCACUAUACAAUGAGCUUCAUCAGGGUAUGGAAGUAAAUGGCCAGUCUCCUCCUUUAUAAAGGAUAAAUGCUGAAUAAAUGGAACAGUUGUGCUAGCAAAGCAACAAAAUUUGCAUUUAAGAUUAGAAUUGUUAGAAGAAAAUACCAUCUGUGAAAUCCUAAACCCAUUGACUUCAAUGAGGCCAGGAUUUCACACCAGAUGUUUAUAAAAUUGUGUUUUCCGCUUAAGAAAAAAACAGGACUAAGGGGGAAAAACCCACAUAGACUACCAGAGAAUAGAGUAAAAGACUAUAUGGCAUAAAUAUUGAUCUCAAGAUGAAGGGAGUAUACACAAGAACGUGCUCUUACAACGUAAUGGUCCAAAAUAACAUGAACAGUGCUAUCUAUUCUUUCUCUAGUAUUGUUUUAGGUGAACUGAUUUUCCAGCCCUACUUCCAAAUCCCAUUUACUAUUCAUUUGAAAGAGAAACAGCUGAGUCCAUGAUCUGAAGCACUAUCAAAACAAUGUCUAGAAGUGUACAAUACAAUAAUGAAGCUUUUUAGUGGAGCAUUAAUUAUGCUUAUCUGGUAAGUUAUACAUUUGUCAUUUCAAAAUUUGACGUUAAGCAUACAUUUUAGAGCAUCUACUUUUACUUGUGUUGAACUGCCCAUACAUUUACAGAACUGUUUGGACUGCCACCCCAUGUGCAUGUGCUGAUUUGGUUCUUGAUCAUUUACCUUUGUGUCACAGUACAGAAAAUAACUUAAAAUAACCCUUUAGCUGGAAAUGAGUUGAAGGGGAAUGUUACCUGGUAUCUUCCAAAGACUUAGCUGGUACAUUCAGCAGCUGUGAUGUCUAUCAGGUGCAAGACUCCUGUAAGCCCAGAAAUUCCAGGUAUACCAUGACAUUUCAUUAGUGUAAAGUAAACAUUAAUCAGAGUUGCAGCAAACAUCCAUGUAUGCCAAAUUCUUGUCUUUGUGCAACUACCAGGAGACUGUUGCAGUUAGAUCAAAAAGUGAAGUAGCCCUGACUCUGAUAUAAUUCCUGGGAUAACAGCUUUCCAGUUUGGUUACUUGGAUAGUAACACCCAAGCUUGCAGCAUUAAGACAGAGUAGGCAGGAAAAGACCCAGACCAUUCAUCUGUGUUUCUGAAUAGUCCCUUUUACCCUAUCUUCAGUGAUAUCUCUAACACAUUUGACUCAAAAUGCAAUGUCAUACAUGAUAUAUUUUUAAAUCGCUGUUUAUUUCUGUCCAGUAAUGAAGCUCCUGUAAUAAUGGGUAAAAAUUCAGGAAUAAGUAAGAACAGUGGUGCAUGCACAGAAAGGAAGAAACGUGACUAUUUGUACUCUUACAUAUUUUAUAAGAUAGAUGAGCAAAAGUUGGCACCUAAAUGUCUCAAAAUUGAAGGUACCUACUUAUUUCUCUUUAGAGUUUAUAAAUAAAAGGUUCACUUGAAUAACAUCAAUGAUCUUUUAAUUUUUAUCCUCUAUGAAACAAAUAUAAGAAUCUGCUUUGAUUUUAUGGAUGUACAGUUUAACUUUUUAGAUAUUUUCUUAUCUUAUUUAGGUGGUGAAACACCCUUAUUCUUUUAAACUGUUUUCACUCACUUUAAAAUGAGGGUGCAGGUUUUUUUAGAGGCUUGUAUUGCAUAUGUUCUGGAACUGGGGUGCAUAGAAUCAUUGAGCUAUAUUUGGAUUUCUUAAAAUGUUGCAACUUUUCCUGUCAAUGUACAUUUGUUGUAUAUGAAGAUUAUGGAUGAGGGGUAUAAACAGAACUUUUCUUGAUUGUUUAUAAAUAUUCAAGUGAACCUUCAGCCUUUCUAAAGCCAAUUAAACAUUUUCUAUAAAGCACACAAGAAAAAUGUUCUGUUAUGUAUGCUGUGGCUUCUCUUUUAGCGCUAAGAUUGUUGUAAAAACAGACAGCUGGAAAACACUACAUUUUGUUGUUGCAAGAAUUGAACUUGUUAGGGGGCAAGCAGUUGACCUAAAAGAUGUUUUUUGUGUACAUUUUAAAAAGUGGAGGAUAUGAAUGUUAGGCUGUUAGUUGAAAAGGGUUAAGCUUUGGGAAAGAGUAAUACAUUCAUGUGUACUUCAGUAGAUACUUACAAAAAUAUUUACUUUUAAUUCAAUUGUGUUACACAACAGCAUUUUUCAGACCAUGGACCCUGGCUUGCUGCAUUUAAGGUCUGUUCACUUGCGUGGUUUUUUCCCCCCAUAUGGAUAACCCAGAACUAACUUAUGUGAACAUAUCCUGUUUCAGAUAUUUCCUGUUCACUGAACAUUUAAAUUUGCAGUUGCAUAAUUAGCACAAAUUUUUAUUUCAACAGUAAAACUCCACUUGACUUCAGUGGCAGCAAGAGCAGAGUCUUAGGAGUUUAAUCUGAUUUCACUUAAACUGGUGUAAACUGAGUUACUCAUUGAUGUCCAAAGGAGUUACACUUGUGUAAAACUAGCAAAACUGAGAUUAGAAUCAGGCCCCUGAUUAUUAGGAAGAACUGAAUAUGGAGAUCAGGUGCAUAAUUAAGAAUUCUUACAGCCACUCUGCUGCUAACAGGGAUAGCCUACUACUAGAGAAGGAUUACACCAGUCAGUUGAGCUAAAUGUCAUAUUUGGUAUCAGCUAUUUUAACGAUUAAUAAUGAGCUGGUGAAAUCAAGCUAUUUGCAAAAAAAAGAAUUAAUGUCCAUUACAGUGCUGAAAGUCCAAUUACAACAUAGCAUAACCUCAAAUACCUUCUGCUAUACUACUGCAAAGAGAACACCACCUCCAUUUACAACUAAGUAUGUCAAUGAAGAGUUUAACUUUGGGAAAUAAAAUAGCCUUUUUUAGGUUUAACAGAAGUAAAACACAGUCUUUCUUGUUUCAGAUUACCAUUGAACUGUUAGAACUUCUUAAGGUCUUACCACACCAGCAAUCCAAAAUCAAAACAGCGUUUGAUUUUUAUACAGUUUGUAUCAAAUGUUACUAAAACAGGAUGUGGAACAAUAUAUGGGCAACUAAAGCAAGCAGUAUUAUUCUUGAGCCUUACUUAGUCUAGGAACAGAGCUUAAAGAACACUUAACUUUUGAUCUCUGCCUCACCCUUAGAUAAGUGGUUUUGUAUUUGAACCUGACAUUCAUUCAUGUCUUAUUUGUAUUGCUCACUAAUUUUCAUGCAGAUUUGCUCUGCUUCCCACAAAUUCAUAUUCUUUUCUUUGUAAAGGCUAUGUUCAUUUCAUGCAGAAAUAAUGUUUACUGUUCCAUCCUGUUUCCCAGAACCCAUCACAUAAAACUUGCAUUCAUAUCUUUUUCUCAGAAAUGGAAUUUUACUUUUAGCUUGAUAAAUGCUAUGUCGCUUAUUCUUUGCCGUGAUCCCCACCUCCACUAUCACAAUAUUCCCUGGACUUCAGUAAUUAAUCUCAUUUGCAAUGACAUCAACACCACUACCUAAGUUACACAUACGCAAGCAAUAAAUAGUCCAAUUGUCAGCUUAUGUGCUCCAUUUUGAUAAAUGAUACACCAUUCUCAAACUUUAUUUCCAAGGAGAUACAUUUUAAAUUUAUUUUCCUAAAUGUGGUGGUAGGUGUUUUCUAAACAUGUGGUAUUAUGUUUAUAAAUCUCUUAUGGAAGAUGUACUGCUAUUCUGGAUUACUAUGUUAAGUCUUGUUAUAGUAUUUUUAGUUUUUCCUUUGGUAUUGUCUUGAUGGCUUUUUGAGAUGUUUCAAAGUAGUAAUUAAACUUAUAUUUUGUGACUUUUCCUUCUUGGUUUCAGUAUUUGAGUCCCCUCUGCUAAACAGCAAACAUUUUCAAUCACUCUAGCUCACUAAGGUACAAUUUAUAGUUCUCUAAACGUCAGUAUUUAACUGUUAGCUUUAAUCCAUAAUUUAAAUACUACCAUGGAACUUUGAAAGUUCACUAACCAGAGUAUAGGAUAAAUACAUAUUAAAAUAAUCUAGCUUUAUGAAUCUGAAUUUUUCACCUAAUGAAAAAUACUUGUCAAUAAAUCCCAGGAUUGCAGUCUUAAAAUGUGAACUGCAAGACAAAACUGAUUUUCGCCUCUCAUUCCCCACUUUAUAGCUUCAUAUGUCUGCAUUUAAUUUGCUUAUAAAUCAUUUACUUCAAACUAUAUCACUGGGAGGUAUAAGGUACAACUAAUAAUUUAUCCAGUCAGUGCAGUAUAUUUCAUGCAUAUCUUAAACAGGUCUUCCAGAGUUAAAGGUUCUUUAACCUUAAGUUUAAAAUUGUAACAAAAUACAGAUUGCAACAUGAUCCUCCAUAGACUGGAGGAACAAAAACGUAAGUUGAGAGAAGGGAGAAGUCGCACAUGUAGGUACUGAUCCUGCAACUGCAUCCAUGCAAGUGGACCUAUGUGAACCCCCCAGUGAGGUCAGUGUAGCUCCACAAGGUGCCAUAAAGACACAAUUGUGGGAUUUAGGUCCGUAUUCGCAACAACUGUAUCAAGCAGCUAACAGUGGAUUGUGUUUACAGCAUGAAUACAAGUUAAAACACAUCUUUGAGAUUGUAUUUUCAUAAGCAGAGACCACAAUUAGUUGAAAACAUCCCUGUAAUUGUCUAUUACUUACUGUAUGUGAAGAUUUAACACAUUCAACUGGCAUUUCAGACAUGAGAUGUGGGAGGGAUUGGGGCCAGAGCCUAUCAUCACAAAAAUGCCUCCCCCCCAAAGCAAAUAUCAGUACACACUAUAUUUGUUUGUGAUCCUCAUUAAAUUCAAAUCAGUCAUGUAACUUUUGUUUGUUCAUUGUAUGAAUGUUUGUGUGAAAACUAGUAACCAAUUAGAAGGCAUAGUCUUGGGAAAUACACUGCUCUGACAAGAUUUUCCUAAAACACUCAAAAAUUCUGGCUUAAAAAAAAAUGCAGUUAAGUCAGUCAGUGCAUGAACACAACUUUAGACAGAAGCUUCUGUAGUUAAAUUGGUACAAAAAAUGCAUUUAGCUUGAUCCAUUAAUGGCAGUUUCUUAUUGACUUAAGUCCCAGUUCUGCAGACGCUUGCAUUGUGCAUAUGCUUCACUUUAUGCAUGUCAGCAGUCCCAUUUGACUAUGUAGAAUACCUUUUGAUAUAUCUAGUACUGUCAACUCCAAGCAUUCAGAUAAAUGAGGCAGGUCCAGAAAAAUCACAGUCAAGAGUGUUUUAGGCAUCUUGGCCCAGAGCUUCAAGGGUCUUGACAUCAAUGGAAGUUGGGAGCCUAAAUACCUUUGGGGAUCUGGGCCCUUUUUCUACAAGUAUGAGGGCUGGAACUUUUUUUUUUU